AUGAAUGCAUUGAAGAGAGGAUUGGGCAAGUUGAGUGGUGGGGAGGAAUGCAAGAUGGUUCUAUGCGUGAGGAUGGAUUUGAAGAUGGACAAGGGCAAGAUGGCUGCUCAGUGCUGUCACGCAACCCUUGCCUGUUAUCAGUCCCUCCUCACCACCAACCCACGCCUCCUCAAGCAAUGGCAGCGUCUCGGCCAAGCCAAGGUAGCGCUCAAGUGUCCCACCGAGGAGGAGAUGGACAAGCUCGCCGCACAUGCCCGCUCGUUGGGACUCACAGCAAAAAGUAUCAGGGAUGCGGGACGGACACAGGUCGCUGCUGGAUCGAGGACGGUGCUGGGGAUUGGGCCCGGGCCGGUAAAGAUUGUGGAUCAAGUCACUGGUGAGUGUGGGAGCCGAAGCAGCACAGCAGCGACCCUUGCUCAUCAGAAUCCCAUGGACUCUUCUCCCUUGCAUCUGACAGCUCAUCUCAAGCUACUGUAA